AUGAACAACACCUCUACUACGGAUCAGUUUCGUCCUCAGUCAAACCCUGGAAUGACAACAGUGAAGAGACUUCUUCCAAUUUCAAUAGCCAUUAUUUUCUCCAACGGACUAGUGUUCGCCUUGUUUUGCAAACGAAAAAGUCUUCGAACGUCAUCCAAUUACUUGCUGCUUGGUUUGGCAAUUUGCGAUUUCUUAACAGGCGCUGUAAACAUUCCAUACUUCAUAAUUUUUAGUUUCCAAGUUGUUCCACUUAACAUGCAAAAGAACUACAAUUACUGGUUGGUCAUCAUACAUAACUUUAUGGCUGUAACGGCCGCUUACCACCUCCUCGUUAUCACCGCGGAAAAAUUUUUGGCCAUCACCAAACCACUAAAACAUUACCUUGUAACUAAAAAAACGGUUUUAAAAUCAUUAGCUGCUAUCUGGAUCUCGUCAACGGUCAUAGCCAGCAUCCCAUUAGCUUGGAAAAACAGUCAAAUGCAAUUGCUGUUUUCGGUCAUCUAUUUUUCGGUGUGCCUUGUUUUCGUGUUUGUUAUUCCAUAUGCGUUCAUGAUUUAUGCCUUUGUAGUCAUGUUCAAGGCGAUCACCAGCAAAAGAAGACCAUCUUCCAUUCCCAGAAGGGUUGCAUCAGGACUGACAUGGGGGAUCGUCAACGAUAGAAAGUGUAUUUUAGUUUUCGCACUGAUGGCAGCAAUAUAUGUGAUUUGUUGGUUGCCAUAUUUCACCAUCGGGCUGGUCAUCGGUAUCAAAAAUUAUCUCUGCAUGGAGUUGACGCAACCGGUUGCUAAAGCCACUGAAGCUAUUGUCCUCGUUCGAUACAUAACUUCCUUUACUAACCCACUCCUCUACACGUUUUUCAAGCGCGACUUCUGGCGGACCUUACGAAAAAUUUCCCAUAAGAAAGAGUUUAUUCAUGGUAGGAGUAAAUCCUCGAAACAAAGAGAAUGGUUCCUGCGAAAGAAAUCUGUUGAAAACAGUACCACGUUAUCUCGGCUUUCUUGGAUUACAGCAGAGGCUAAAGACGCAAGUAACGUGAAAGGAAGCAUCUCAGAAGAACAAAUACUUUUCGUGUCUUCUGUUUGAAAGCAUUAGCAUUCUCUUGAUAGCUAGGAAGUGGGAUCUGAUGAAGUUUGUUCGUAUAAUUAAACGGAAUUAGUGUUCGUAGCGCUGGUGCUCGCACUUGAUAUUCUUCUCUUUUUUUUUAAUAUGUUACUAUCGUUAUCAUUCUAGUUCUGAUGGUAAAUCUACGGGAGAAAGGCUAAUUUCUCAGGACUCUUAAUGAUCCACUGUCAGUGUUUUUUUGGUAGCGUAAUAUGAUACAUCUGAAUAGAAUGUUAAGGAACCGAAUUGAUGAGUUAUGAGCCAAAAUAGUUGACAAUUUUAUAAAUAAUGUAACUUGAUACAUACUCUUAACGAAACCGCGAAUUAUCCGUUAACGAGAUGAGGGAAAAACAGCAAGCGCCUUCUAAAAUAAAAAUAGCGGAGCUUUAGUUCGGGAGGCAGGGUAGCGGAGCCACCGGCAUACCUGAGAUAUAUGGUUACCCACCAAGUCGAUAGAUAAGGUUAUCACAACAUCAUCGUCGUUCUGUACACUUUCAUGGAUGUGUUUCGUUAAGUCAUUUAAUACGUACACAAACCGAAAUAAACUUUAUAUUACACUAGAUGAAUACAAGUUUUGGAAUUCUAUCGAAAGGCAGUCUAUGAGAUAUCCCGCGAAUAGGUUGCUUUUAUCUGUGUCUAAAAGGAGCUGAGGCGAUCGUGUUGCCUGACAAAAAAAGGAGGAAAAAGUAGAGUGUAAACGGUUAGACGCCUGAAAGCCUGGCAGGGCUAACUUCCUCCAUGGCGUUGCAAAACUGAUACAUGGUAAAGCUUCUUGUAAUCAUUUGGGUUCGGUUUUAAACUAAGGGAUUAACGUUUGGGAGGUUGAAGAACGAAAUGAAGGGUGUAACGGAUUAUUGCGGACUUCUGCAAAAACCCACGAAUUGAAAAUAAAAAGUUUUAGUUCACAUUUUCUACCUUUCAUUUUCACAUUUCCACACAAAUCAAUGAUCCCAUCCGCCCAUCAUAGAAAGAAUUGGCUCUGCAUUACACACAACAACAACAAAGAUCGAGGUCACGCGAAACAUGCCCCUUGAGAGACCUGGUACAAGGUCGGCCAAUCCCAGCAUUCAUUUGGACGUGCUAUUAGCAAAGUCGCGUAGCAAACAACCAUGACUUAAGAGCCAGAAGGAGCGCCGCUGCGGCGGCGCUGAUUAAUUUUUCGAAUUAUCGAUGGGACGCCAAAUCAUGAGGGCGACGCUAAUUAAUAUGUUUCCUCAAAGAGCGGCGCCUAGUAGACGGCAGACAACUUUAGAGAAAGUACUUUCUGUUUCUGCCUCAGCAUAACAUGCCCAUGAAUUCCUCUGAAAUUGAACACGUUGAAACUUUACUUCCAGCUUAAGCCCUCGUUCUUUCCAUAUUUGUAAACAUUUAUUUGGUUUGGAGACGAGCAACCGAGGGCUGCUUAUGACAAGUCUCUUAGAUGAUUCAUAUUAAACGUGCACCUAAUUUUUCUUUCAAGUAUUUAGUGUCUCUAUUGAUCUGAAACUAGCCAUCUAGUCUCAUGACAUGAAUUUAGUUCGAUUUCUCGUGAGAAAUUUUAUAGACUACAUGGUGGUGAUACCUAAGAGGCGAUUGAAAGUCAAUGAUCAGCUAAGUUUGUUUUAAACUAAAGUAAUCGAUUUGCAGACAUCCAUAGCAUUAAACGCAUUUUUGUCGUCAAAUUUGAAAUUCAAUUCAUGAAACUUUAUGUUAGACUAAUUGAGGUGUCACAAUUGUACAUAUCGUAAUUUAUCUUGACCCAAAAUUCACGAAUCCUGAAACCUCUAGCCUUUCUCGUUGAACACAGAACACCCUUCAGAUCAUCGGUUGAGAAUCUAAUUUUUUUCUUAUUAUUAAUCCGAAAUUUCAUGAAAAAAGUUGCCUUAUAAAAAUUGUCCCCGUGAUGGUUGGCAUUCGUGAAUUAUAUACAUUUACAUGCUUGUGAUACGGCAAACUCGAAUGCAGCAUUAUGCGGAAUUAUUUUCAUUAAAUGUAAAAAAGAGGUCUCAAUAAUUCGCGUUGGCCUUACAAUUGGGCUUUAGAAGAAAAGUAAGUGAAAGUAAAAUUUGCCUCCUUUCCGUAAUGAAAUUAUAAUGAAAGCAUGCGUCGUUCUAUUAGGCCUGUGAGCAAAUGUAUGUAAAUUCCUAAAGUGAGGAAUUAAAAGUGUGUUGGUACUUUUGAUGAAAGUCUAGUUACAUUAUAAGUAUCCAAUACCCGUUCGAUAAUGAACUGCGGGCAAAACGUGCACCUUCCUCGAAGGGCCGGGAAGGGUGGGCAUAGUUUUGAACCCUUUUGGUCCUAAUAUGGGUAUAGAUAGUCCUGGAUAGGAUGUACUUUUUAGAGGAAACCACGUCUGUGUAUGAACUUAUUAUUUCAACUUCGAGUGAUUAACUGAGAAAUGAAAUUUAAGACAAAAAUUCUUCUAGGGGGUGAAUUUCUGCAUCGGUCGAUUUCACCAAUUCUUAGCUUCGGAACUGAUUCCAACCUUAAUUUCAAUACAACGAUAAAACGUUCUGGUUUCGCCGACGACAUAUAACAUUCAGAAGCCAGACCUAAAGACGGUUAAAAAUUUUUAGGGGCUAUCUUUAAAUGCCCGUGGGAAAUUACCGGUCUGGUUUUGAAAAACCAGGUGGUACACCCCUUCCAAGAAUUCCCAGGGAUACCUUUUCCGAAAAAAAAACUCAACUGACGGUUUAGGGACCGUUUAUUAUUCAUUGCUGGGGGCAGCGUUAAAUAAUGAACCGUUAAUUGUUGUUAAGUUGCUAAUUGGUGGUCAAUCUUAGGCCCCUCCCCUUUUAACCGGCUGUUGAAGAAAAGUAACCUCCCUCCAGUCCCCCUGAAAACCUUCCCCCCCAAAACUUUUGAAAAAAAAAAUUAUAAAUAAAUAGAUAAAAUAACAUUUACUAUAAUAAAUAGAAUAAAAUAAAAAUAAAAAUAUACCUCCUCCCCAGGUGAUAAAUAAUGAAUGGCCCCUCAGGUUCUUGUAAAUUGUAUUAUGUUCUGUCAGCACUCAUAAACGAAUUAAGACGCGCAGACAUCAGAAAAAAAAAAAAAAUUGAAAUUAAAGUGCAACGAAUGUGCGGAAGUUGCGACAUUACUUUGAGAUAAUGUUUCCUAGGCAAAGAGCUAAUCGUUAUUCCACAUAAAAGAGGAAAUGAUAAUAAAAAUAUCUCAAGAAAAGAUUUUACUUGAACAAUAUUUGAGUAUAAUUAAGCCUGACAAAACAAGCGUUUUCGGUGCAUGUAAAAAAGAUAACGUAAUGAAGCUUUGUUCAUUAAACCUGAGACAUAAAUUUUGCGCGAGUUUUCCCGGUGAAAAGUUCUAAUUUAGGGGUUUAAUUUUUGAUACUGAGUCAGACACGUUGAAAAAGGCAAAUUUUCUAUGAUAUUACACUAAUUAUUUGCAUUUGAAAGUCCCUACAGCUGUGUACGCUAUUUGCUAAAUGCAAAAUCUAAAAUGGUUCUUAAACACGUAAAGUGUUUAAUAUUCAAUGAAGUCUGAAUUUUGAAUUUCAGGGAGGAAAGACGAGAAAAAUCGUCACAGAAACUCUGCCUUAAAGCGUUAUACGAGGGCAUUCAAUUUAGAUUAUCGAAGGAUUGUCACAGUGAGACGCUAUCCCUCCGUUGUGUCUUCGCAUUAAAGGUAAGUCAUUCGAUCUCUUCUCGAAACCGAAAUUUUGCCGCACAGCAGUCAAUUCAAAAUAUCGUAUACUCCAGCUGUCGUCGUUCAGAUCUUGGUUACUUUUCGACGACAAUAUUGACAACAAAUAUUAAGGAAAUCAUGGCUCUAACGGUAAAGUAUACAAAUAUGAGCGGAAAGGUUAGUAUAGAAGGUUUAAAUAUAGUCUUUAUGACUUCCCAAUAAUUUAGCAGAGUAAUCCAGUCAAUAUGAUUCAUUAUGGGAAGAGGGCGUACGUCCACAGAUCUAAAAUGCUUUCCAAAUUCGUCAUUUGUAGGCGUCAACAUGUUCUCUAUCAAGAAAUGUUUUGCAUUUUCAAAGUGUCAAGGCAAACGUUUCGUAAUUAAUGUCAUUUGUUGCCUCGAUGGGAUAAGGAAACUCUUCCCGUGUUAAUUAGUCAUCUAGACACGAGAGCAAUUUGGAAAAGUAAGCAAAUGGCUUUAACGCUCUCAAGGAAUUGCAUAACUUUCGAUAUUUCUUUCAACUUCUCGAAUAUUUAGAUAGUAAGGCUUUGUAAACACGGACAAAUGGCUCAGUUAAUUCUAUAAAAUAUUUUUCACCGAGAGACUGCUGGUACAGGAACCGCGCAGCAAGUUUUUGAGCUUGGGAGGGGGGGGGGUAGGGGCUAUUUUUGGCUCCGUUAUUUUUGUUAAAUUAUUUUUUGUUGAAUUUACUUUAUUUUUGCAAAAGAGUGGGGGGGGGGGGGGGGGGCUAAAGCCCCCGCCCGCCAUGUGGUAGUCUCUCUAUUUUAAAACAAACGCGUGAUAACUAGAGGAAGCUUUCUUCUUGAUGCAGACGCUAUUGUCUCUUUUCAGUAUCGAUUGCGACGCCUGCUAGACAUGAGUAACAGCACAGCUUCAGCUCAGUCUUCUCCGGAGUCAAACGUUGGAAUGACUGUGUUGAGCAGACUUCUUCCAAUAGCCAUAGCCAUAAUUUUGUGCAACGGACUGGUGUUCGUCUUGUUUUGUAGAAAGAAGUGUCUUCGAACCUCAUCCAAUUACUUACUGCUUGGUUUGGCGAUUUGCGAUUUCUUAACAGGCGCUGUCAAUAUUCCAUACUUCGUCAUCUUUCAUUUCCCAGUUGUUCCACCCAGCAUGCGAGCGGACUUUAACUACUGGUUGUUCAUUGUGCAUACUCUUAUGGCUGUGUCAGCCGCAUACCAUCUCUUCAUCAUCACUGCAGAAAAGUAUUCAGCGAUCAUCAGGCCAUUAAGACACUAUCUCGUAACCAAGAAGAUGGUCUUUAAGGUGUUAGCUGCGAUUUGGAUCUUGUCUACAUUAAUUGGCAUCACCCCGUUGAUUUGGAAAAACAGUCAGUCUCUUCCUCUGUGUUUCGCAAUCUAUUCUAUAGUUUGUCUUGUAUUUGUCUUUGUUAUUCCAUAUACAUUUAUGAUUUAUGCCUAUAUAGUCAUGUUCAAAGCGAUCACUAGCAAAAGAAGACCAUCUUCAUCGCACAGAGGAGUUACAUCAAGACAGCGAAGGAGGCGCACCAGUGAUAGAAAGUGCAUCUUAGUUUUCGCGUUAAUGGCGGCAAUAUUUGCAAUUUGUUGGCUGCCUUACUUUACUAUUAUGAUGGUUUUAAACAUCAAAGGUUAUCUGAGGAUCAGGAUCGAGUUGACGUCACCAAUCGCCAAAGCCGCCGAGGUAUUUGCCUUUGUUCGAUAUAUCACAUCUGUCGUCAAUCCACUUCUUUACACGUUUUUCAAGCGCGACUUUUCGCGAGCUUUAAUAAAUAUCCUUUUCAAGUCGAAUAAUCGCACAAAUUUGGCUUCGAGGCAAUCGUUUUUAAGACAUCGUUCAGUUACUUCGGUACAAUCACGGCUCUCUUGGACAAGAGAAAGUUCUGAAAGAGAAAAACAUUCUGUGAACGCAAACCUUCUCGAAGAGCAGCAAGUCUUUGUAUCUUCCGUUUAA